AAAAAAUCCUAAACACCUAAAGCUUUCAAACAAAAGCACAAAUAAUAAUUUUCUUGUCUUGUCAUCCUUUUAUCUAUAACGAAAAGCCUCGAGGUCACAAAUAUUCGCUCAUUGUCGAAAUUUUCUUGAACUCGAAUCACCGACAACUAAAGCAGACAAAGAAAGCUUUGUUGCCUGCGCGGCAGCAUCGCAAGUCGCCAAGAUGAGCAACAGUAUGCGCGACUUGAUUUCCGGCGAAGCCGAACUUGAUGACGAGGAGGAGGAUGAGUCUUUCGAUGAGGGUGGUGAGGAGCGCAGACGAAAGGCUGCCGUGGAAGACUCUAGUGAGGAGGAGGAAGAUGACGACGACGAGGAAGAAGCUCGCAAGGUCCGAGAAGGCUUUAUUGUUGAUGAGGAUGAAGACGAGGAGGAAGGCGGCGAAUCAGAUGGUGACGUGCGCCCCGUUCACAAACGAAAGCGAAAACAUCGCGACCGUGAAGAAGAGGAGCAGCUUGAUGAAGAAGAUCUGGAUCUCAUCGGCGAGCAAUUCGGUGAGCGCCCGAAGCCCCAAACACAGUCCAAGUUCAAGCGCCUCAAGCGCGGCUACCGCGAUGAAGAACGGGGAAAUCAACGCCGUGGCCUGGACGAUAUCUUCUCGGACGAGGAUGAAGACGCAGGCGAGCAGCGACCGUACGGCAGAUCGUACCGCCAAGCCGACGAGUUCGACGAUUUUAUCGAAGAGGAUUUCCCCGAAGACCCCGAGGAAUUAGAGCAACAACGAGAAGAUGCGGAGGUUGCUCGCCCCAGAGAUCGCGUCAUUGGAAACAUCGCCGACACUGGUAAUCUCGACAAGGAUGCCUUGGAUGAUAUGGAGGCCAUCUUUGGUAACGGUGAAGACUACGAUUGGGCGCUGCAAAUGGAAGAGGAGGAGGAAGAUCGUGAAAGAGAGGAACAAGCCAUUGAGUUGAAGGACGUGUUCGAGCCGUCGCAACUGAAAGAGAAGCUCUUGACCGACGAAGAUAACGAGAUUCGUUUCACCGACGAGCCCGAGCGAUUUCAACUCGACCGGAAGACCUUCAAGACCCUCCAGCUCACUGCAGAGCAGUUUAGGGAGGAGGCGAGGUGGAUCACAAACCAGUUGUGGCCAAAGAAGGGUUUGGCGGCUGACCUCCAGAUCCCAUUCGGCAAAGCUGUUGGCAAGGUCCUCGAAUUCUUCAUUGUUGACGAGGUUGAGGUGCCUUAUGUGUUCCAGCACCGCAAAGACUACCUGCUUCACACCAGAAAGACGCGGAACCCGAAUCGCGAUGACCCCGAUGCGCCAGAAUACGUUAUCAGUGCGGACAAGCUCUUGAAUCAAGACGACCUUUGGAAGAUUUUGGAAUUGGACAUAAAGUUUCGUUCUUUUGUGGACAAGAGAAAUGCUCUCGAGAAGACUUUUGAGAACCUCAAAGGAUUGGGAAUCCACGACACGAUUGUGGAGGAGAUGACUCCAGAGGCGACCACCAUGGAAGAACUUCAAGAUUUGCAGGACUAUUUACAGUUUCAGUACGGUCCACAGCUCAAGGACCUUGCUGCUAUGGCUGGAAACCUCUCAUUAACAAAACGGCCGGGCUCAAAAUCGAACUUGCUCGAACGAGUCCGCCAAGGCAAGGCCUAUAGCUUCGUCCGUGCUUAUGGAAUCUCAGCGGACCAGCUUGCCAAGAACGCCUUGCGACAUGGAAAGAAGAUCACUCCUGAUGAUGACACCCAAUAUCCCAUGGACCUGGCUGACAGUUUGGUUGACGACAACUUCGACACCGGCGAUCAAGUCAUUAACGCAGCUCGACAGAUGUACUCGGAAGAAUUGUUUGCAAGCCCAAGGAUGCGCAAACACUUCCGAAAUUCGUACUACCAAGCUGCUGAGAUCAGCUGUCGACGGACUGAGAAGGGCCUACGCAGAAUUGAUGAUUCUCACCCGUAUUAUGAGAUCAAGUAUUUGCAAAACCAAGCCAUUGCUGAUCUAGUCCACCAACCAGACCUUUUCUUAAAGAUGAUGAAGGCCGAGGAGGAAGGCCUUGUCACUAUCAAGCUUGAUAUGCCAGCCCGAUAUGAUUUCCGGAGACAACUUUAUCAGGAGUUCGAGUCUGAGAACUUCAGCGACCGAGCCGAACAGUGGCGAGAAGAGCGCAAGAAGGUACUUGACCUUGCAUACCCCAAACUGGAAAGGAUUAUUGCAAAGAAUGUCAAAGAAGUCAUUCGAACUUUCUGCCAAGAUGAGGUGCUCAAGAUGUGUCGAGAGGAAUAUGCAAAACGACUCGAUCAGGCACCAUACAAGCCAAAGGGCAUGAUACUAGGCACUACGCCUCGUGUCUUAGUUCUCUCCAAUGGCAUGGCUGAUCCUGCUCGCGAUCCCAUUUGCUGGGCCUGGGUCGAGGAAGAUGGUCGUGUGAUUGAACAAGGAAAGCUUGGAAAUCUCGCCAGAGAUGAGCGCCAACGAGAAGAGUUCGAGGAGCUUGUCAAGCGUCGUCGACCUGAUGUAAUCGGCGUUAGCGGUUGGUCUGCUGAGACGACUAAGUUGGUACGUGACUUGGAGAGCCUUGUCAACGAGAAGGGCCUAAUGGGCCCUGAAUUUGAGGACCCAGACACCAAUGACUAUCGAACAGAGCCACUGGAGGUUGUGGUGGUCAAUGAUGAGGUCGCUCGUUUGUACAAGGAUAGCCCUCGUGCACUUGCUGAGCAUCCAAGUCUGAAUCCUGUGACGAGGUACUGUGUUGCUCUGGCGCGAUAUAUGCAGAACCCUAUGAAGGAGUACGCUGCUCUCGGCAAAGACGUUGCUUCCAUUUCUUACCACCCUUGCCAAAACCUUCUCCCACCUGACAAACUGGCCAAAUACCUGGACUCGGCCAUGGUUGACAUGGUCAACCUCUGCGGUGUUGAUAUCAACGAGGCCAUGAACGAUCCUUACACCGCCAACCUCCUCCCUUACGUGUCUGGAUUGGGCCCUCGCAAGGCAACAAGCGUCAUCAAGGCCAUCAACGCUAAUGGCGGUGCUGUGGGCACAAGAGAUGAACUCGUGGGUGAUCCCGAUAGCGGCAAGCUGCCUGUCGUUGGUCCCAGAGUUUGGAACAACUGCGCGAGUUUUCUUUUUAUCGAAUACGAGGCUACAAAUCCUGCCUCAGAUCCUCUUGAUAACACACGAGUUCAUCCUGAAGAUUACGAGCUCGGGCGCAAAAUGGCUGCCGAUGCUCUUGAGCUUGAUGAAGAGGAUGUCAAAGCCGAAACCGACGAGAAUGGACCCGGAGCGAUCGUCCGCAAGCUGUUCAAGCAAGAUGAACAAGACAAGGUCAACGAGCUAGUCCUGGAAGAGUACGCAGAGCAACUGGAGAGAAACUACAGCCAGCGCAAGCGAGCUACAUUGGAGACAAUUCGUGCCGAACUCCAGGCGCCCUACGAAGAACUUCGACGGAAUUUUGCUCUCCUGUCAGCAUCCGAGAUCUUCACCAUGUUCACUGGUGAGACCAAGCAGACUCUGUGCGAGGGCAUGAUUGUGCCCGUCAACGUCCGGGUUGUGAAGGAUGACUUCGCCAUUGUUAAGCUCGACUGUGGUAUUGAAGGCCGUAUUGAGGGCCAUGAAGUCAGCCAUCGUUCGUCUAUCAAGGAUGCCCUGACCUCGGGACAAACGACACAGGCAAAGAUUUUGGACAUCAACUAUAAAGAUUUCAUGGCCAAGCUCUCAAUGCGGGAUGAAACCAUGCGUAUUCCGUACAAGCGCCCGAUCAACCUCGGUCGAGAUGGGUGGGACUACGCGCUCGAGGCAGCAGAUAAAGAGGAGCUGCGAGAAAAGGACAAGACCACGGGACGAACCCAGCGUGUUGUCAAGCACCCCAAUUUCAAACCAUUCAAUGGCCUGCAAGCAGAAGAAUAUCUGGGAUCGCAGCCUAAUGGUGAGGUCAUCAUUCGACCCUCAUCGAAGGGUAACGAUCAUCUGGCAGUGACCUGGAAGGUCGCGGACGGUGUUUACCAGCACAUUGACGUCCUUGAGAUGCAGAAGGAAACAGAAUUCUCGGUUGGCAAGCUGUUGCGUGUGGGCGGCAAAUAUACAUACACCGACUUGGACGAACUGAUCGUGGAGCACGUCAAGGCCAUGGCGCGGAAAGUGGAGGAACUGAUGCGACACGAUAAGUACCAGAACCGAUCCCGGGGAGAGACGGAGAAAUGGCUUACGACGUACAUCGACGCCAACCCCAACCGAUCGGCUUACGCUUUCUGUAUCGACACGAAGCAUCCUGGAUACUUUUGGUUGUGCUUCAAGGCCAGUAGGUCAGCCAGGGUGAUUGCAUUGCCAGUGCGCGCGAUUCCACAGGGCUUUGAGCUUAAGGGGUAUCAAUAUCCUGACAUGCGAGCGCUCUGCAACGGAUUCAAGCUGCGUUAUCAGAAUGAGUUCUCCAAGAUGGGUCACCGGUAGGAAAUGGAGACCUAUUCUUAUAAUACGCACAGGUGAUAUGCUGAGGUGGAGAGGGAGAAUUGUAUUUGUUUGAUUACGCAGAAUGAGCAUUUUCUGGGACGAGGAUGACGCUGCAAUUGUAUUAUUGAGGCGCAAGUCAACGAUAUUUCUUUACUAAAUAAGUCAAGGGGCUGUAUUAGAUGUCGCCUUAUACGGCAAGGGAGAAAAAAAAGCAAUUAAGAUAAGCUAAUUUGACGUGUGCUCGAUGAGUUUCAUUGUAUCAAC